AUGAUCCGAUCGUACUGCAAGUACAAUGUAACAAUCAAACACGAUUCUCAAUGUGUAUCUCAGGCUGAGUAUGCCUUUGUCGGUCCAGUUCCCUUUGGCUGGAUUGGUUUAUUUUGUUCAAUGAUGGGACUCAAUCUAAUCCUAUGGUUGAUAGCGUUUUUAAAGAACCGGAAAAUUCAUCCACCAUUCUGGUACCUAAUUGUUAGCAUGCUCCAGAAUUUUGCCUUUUCGGUUUAUCCAUGGGCAAUCCUUAAAUAUCAGAUGGAUACAUGGCAAAUGCAAUACAUCAUGGCUAUUCCAAUCGUAUCAUUCUUUCUUAUUGUCAGCAACAUACUCAUUUUAAAUCUUUCAAUGAUUCUUAGCACUGACGGCAAGCCAAAAGGUAUCUUAAGAGUCAGGAUGCUUUUGUUCGAGUAUUUUUGCAAAUGCUGCUGUUCAUUUCGACUUCAGUUUAUGCCAAAACAUUGCUGCAUCAAGGAAAGCCAAUCGAAGGACAUUCUUAACAAAGGAGCAGGAAAUCCACCUAUUUUACUCCUAAGAGCAAAGCCCAAGGAUUUGAUUUUGAAAGGAAUUGCGCAGCAAGGAAGCGAGCCCAUCAAGUAUGGUUCAUGGGAACCAACUGAGGCAUUGGAUGUUGAAGUUCAUCACAGAAUUUCACUCAUCAAAGUCAAAACUGAAUUAGAAAUCAGUGAAGAAGUUCAAGGCUACAUCAACAUGGCAAUCAGUGAAUACAAGAAGAAAUUUCGCGCCAUUAACAAUGCCAUGCAGAUGGCUAGGCGAAUGCAGCCGAUUCAAUUUGAAGAUCCCGAUAUCGAAGUAAUUGCUACAACAUAUAACAUUGCACAGUGCUUCUGCAUUGCCCAUAAGAGCCUAUACGUAAAGUUCAUGAAUUCCAUAGUUGGAAAGUUCAUUUAUACAUUUCUCAUGUUUAUCGGUUUAUCCCUUAUAUUUGAUGAUAUUUUCAUCAUUCUUGCCCACUACGAGAAGCGUCACAUCAGGAGGAAGGUUUCACAUGAUACUUCGUUGAAAUACCAAGCUUUCAAAGCAAAUCCGGAGUAUUCUUCCGACGAAUGCACAAACCCAUCUCAGUUAAGCUACUCAAUGACUAUUAACCCAGCUGCCCAGCAAUACGUAAUGAUGGAAAUGCAAAGAUACCAAUACAAUAACCAAUACUCGUUUGCACCCCAACCAAUGAUUUCACCGAUGCAACAGGCUCCUCCUGGAUACCCUGGAUAUAAAAUGCCACCUCAGCAGGGCGGAUAUCCACAGCAACAACAACAAGGAUAUCCAAAUUAUCAGAUGCCUCCUCAACAAGGAUACCCACAGCAGCAGGGAUACCCGCAACAGCAAGGAUAUCCACAGCAGCCUCAAAUGCAACAACAACAACCUUACUACUACGGAGCUCCCCCUCAACAGCAACAACAACAACAACCACAGCAACUUCAACAGGAUGAUUCUAAGGAUGAGUUCCAGAUACAAUGA